AGUGCUUGACGCUGGUUUUGUGAAUUCAAUAAUAUAUCUGGAGGGAAUAACUUGGACGAGGGCAACGAUAUUCAGAGUCGAGUGUCAGAAGACAAGGCGGUGGUGGCGGUGACUGGGUUUUGGGUGCGACGUUGAGAAGUAAAUGCAGUGGACAGCGGCGCUGUCCGUCCACCAAAAAAAAAAAGGAAAAAAUCCUGCAAAGGCCGUGAAGGUUUUCAGUAGCUGGUUUUGGAUCGGCAGCGAAGGCGUGUGACUUGAUGAUGGUCACGGAUCGCACUUUUGCUCUCAUGUGUACAACCAACAACUCCAAAACCACACCAUAGGAUAGGAUUUCCGAAUAUAUAUUACUAAUUCAUUCAAAGGUAAGAGUUUUGGAGUUAAUGGAUAGGAUGAUUAUGAAGCUGGUUUAACAUUGACUUUGAUUCUUAUGUGUCAAAUCCGGGGGGGAAGAUCGGUUUAGUGGCUUGUUUCAGGAGUAAAUGAAAACAGUAUACUAUUGAUAUUAGUAAAUGCCUUUGAGGUGACAAUGUUGAUUCGGAGUUCUCUUACUGGUUCCAUUGAAGCUGCUCUUGCUUUUGUAUCUGACCGUGAGAAAGGUGACUGGAAGCCUGAUGCUGAAACUUGGCACAAGCGUCGCAAGUGUGAGAAAAAUCCUCAGGAUGGGUGGGAAGAAGUUAUUCCAACUAUGGAACUGAAAAGGAACAUUGAUGAUACAUGCUCUUUAAAUUUUGCACGUAGUUGUUCCCAGCUAUCAAAUGCCAGUACUAUGUCUGAGAAUUCUACACCUGCUUUUGUAUACCGGCGAAGGAAGCUUGAAAGGAACUCCGUUUCUGUUUUUCCAGUCAAGGGAUCAGCAAAGCCGAGUGAUAGCUGUAUUUCUGCCAUCAGUUCUGAUGCCCCUUCACUGGCAGCUGAGGGACAUAUAGUUUCUGUAGUUGGGCUUGAGAGCGAAGUUGUCAGAGCUCCCGUAAUGACACUUGCUAAUUGCAGAAGAGAUGCCCUUGUUUCGAAGCCAGAAUCCAUUAAUGGAUGUUUAGAUGGGGGAGAGCUUGGAUCCAAAGCAGCUCCACAAGGUGAUAGCCACAGAGCUUUAGAUUUCGGCUGUGUAAAUGAUAGUUAUUCAUCAUCAAAGUCAAAUGUGGAACUUGGUUCACCUUCCUUGAGGAUUGAAGUGGAUGACACUGGUGAGUGUUCCUCUUCUUGUGAAUUGGUCGUGGAGGGUUUGCAGGAUGAUCUAUCAGAAAAAGAUAUAUGCAUUUUGAUUCUUAGAUGGCAGGGGCAGCUUGAAGGAGUUUGUCCUAUUAGGAGCCAGCUGCUGAAGGCCUUGGUACAAUUAGUGAUAGCAGCUGUAUACGGACAUGCAAAGUUUGUGAUCAUCCAGAAACUACACUGAAGAUGCUAAUUUGUGAUCAAUGUGAAGAGGCAUUUCAUCUCUCCUGCUGCAACCCCCGUAUAACGAAUGCGUUAAUUGAUGAAUGGUUCUGUCACUCUUGUUUGAAAAGAAGCAUAAAAUUUUGAAGGAGACAACUACUAGUACAGCAACAUCUGAAGGCAAAUUAGGUGCUAUAGCAUCCAUGUUGAAAGACACUGGGCCAUGUACUCACAAUGUUCGAAUUGGUCAAGAUUUUCAAGCAGAGGUUCCUGAUUGGUCUGGUUCAUCUGUUGAUGAGGUUGAUACUAUUGGUGAACCAUCAGAAAUCGAUUCUUCAGAGUGUGUUAGCUUGCAUGAUUGAAAUUCCAGCAAGCCUUGUAGACUCAACUCUAUUGGUAAUUGGCUUCAAUGCCGAGAAGUCAUAGAAGGAAUAGGAGAAGGUGUUGAUGGAACCAUUUGCGGAAAGUGGCGCAGGUAAAGUGAACCUGUCUAUCUCAAUUUUGUAAAACUGUGAUAUUACUUGUCCAUAAAAAAGAAAAAAACAAACUAUGAGCUAUGAUAUUCUCUUUUGAGUGUUUCGUGUGGAAGCUAUCUCGCUUUUGGGACCAGACUCUGUAAUAAGAACGAAUUCGUUGGACAGCAAAACCUUGAAUAGUUGUUAAAGAUCAUUUACAUAGUAGCAUUACUAUGCGAUUAUGU